AUGUCAUUCACCACAAACAAAAGUUCGAAAAAGAUACUUGCUGUAUCAGCCAUUCUUGUCCUUUUGUUUCUACUGUAUCUUUCUAGUCUGUUUUCAUUUACAGUCCAUAAGAAUGACACUUUAUGUACAAAGAAUGACAGCAAACACCUUCUUCCACUCAAUAUACCCUCUUUGUCUCUUGUGACAAAGAACAAGCUAUUUACAGACUUUAAUAAGCUCACAUCUUCUUCUAAAAGAGCAAAGCAAAAGAAAGAAAAGAUCCUUGUUCUCACACCUCUCAAGGACGCUGCACGUUACCUGGAUCGCUAUUUCGAACUACUGGACCAAACUUCAUAUCCUAACCACCUUAUCUCACUUGGCUUUUUAGUGUCCGAUUCUACAGAUGAUACCAUCGACGCCCUGGAGAAACAUGUUGAACGAUUCCAGUCUAGAAAUCGAUGGAGUUGGCAAGACCAGCCGUUUGAUUCAGUCCAUAUCUUUAAAAAGGACUUUGAUUUUGAAUUACCGAGUGAUAAGCGACACACGUAUGAGAUGCAGCCCCUUCGACGCAGUAUCAUGGCUCGAUCUCGUAAUUGGUUGUUGUCGGCUGCCUUAAGACCUGAUAUUAGCUGGGUUGCUUGGAUUGAUGUGGAUGUGGUGGAAUAUCCAGAAAGUAUUUUUGAAGACCUGAUGCAUGCUGAUGCUGACGUGGUGGUACCUAAUUGCUUACUGCAGAGAGAAGAUCAUGCAUUUUGGGCUUAUGAUAAAAACAACUGGCAAGAAACAGAAAGGUCAAGAGAAAUUCAGGAAGGAUUAGAUCCGGAUUUUGUCUUGUUGGAAGGCUAUUAUGAAUUCCCCACACAUCGUUAUUUGAUGGUGGAUAUGCCUACUGAUGUUCCUAAAGAUUAUAAAGUACCUUUGGACGGUGUAGGGGCUACAUUUACACUUGUGAAAGCACAUGUGCAUCGUGAAGGAGCUAAUUUCCCAGCAUUUACAUAUCAACAUCAAGUAGAAACAGAAGGAUUUGCUAAAAUGGCCAAAUCUAUGGGGUUCUCAGUCUAUGGUCUUCCUGGUUAUAUUAUUUAUCAUAUUCAGAACAGUUAA